CGUCGUGACUUUACCCUUUCACUCACGUUGACGUUUUAAAGGUUAUGUCUUAAUUUUCCAAAAUUUCAUAAUUAAAGCGUAUAUUACUAAAAAUGCGUAUAGACACGUGUUACUUUUGCUCAUCUCGUGUAUAUCCAGGCCACGGUAUACAAUUUGUGCGAAAUGACUGUAAGAUUUUCAAAUUUUGCCGACCGAAAUGUCACGUCGCAUUUAAACGCAAGAAAAAUCCGCGUAAGGUUCGCUGGACCAAAGCUCAUCGGAAAACGGUCGGUAAAGAGCUCGCGAUCGAUCCCUCCUUCGAGUUCGAAAAACGUCGUAACAUUCCGAUUAAAUACGAUAGGCAAACGUGGACUAAGGCGAUCGAAGCAAUGAAGAAAGUGGAAACAAUCAAGCAGAAACGACAAAACCUCCAUCUCAUGCAAAGAUUGAGAAAGGGACGCGAGAUCGAGAACGAACGUGAUAUUCGAGAAGUCCAAAGAGAUCUUUCCUUGAUCCGAUCGCCGGCAGCCGGAUUAAAAGAACGUAAACUGGCGGAAAAGAAGGAAGAAAGUGAGGAAGACGAGGAGAUGGAAGGAAUUAUUGAGGACGGUGGCGAAGUUACGUUGUAAUUAUUUAUACGAAUAAAUUUAUUAAUCGAC